CCCUUCUCCUUGUGCUACUGUGGGCGCAUCCAUCUCCAAAGUUUACCCAACAAGCAGGUGGAAGGGGGCACGGCGCACUGAGGGAUCCAUUCUUGCAGCCUCCUCUCUGUUUGGCCCCUCAGCUGCCCUCUCUGCUCGCCCCCUCCCCUGGAUUAUUUGUCCCCGACGGGCCGGGCGAAGGGCGCAAAAGAAGCUGCGAAUUGCAGCUGUGACGUGGGCGUCGUUGUUCCAUUCACCGCGUUCGCCAUGGCAACGGGGCAGAAGCUGGAAGCACGCGGUCCCUCUCACACACAAUUUCUCUCUCUCUCGCUCGCUCUCCUUGGACGGCGUCCUGAGGGCAGAGAGGCAGCUGGGAGUUCCUCCAAAUGAUCUCUCCAAUACAUCUAAGAAGAAUUUUGGUUUCCACUCCCUUCCUGUUUUGGUUUUGAACACAAAAGUGCAUAACUGGAAGGUUUACAACUUUUACGCGUCAUUUUUACGCAUGAAACCAAUAAACGUGACCCACUAACCCAGAUCAAGAGACAUUAACUGUGACAAGACGUUUUCGGUUUUUUUUUUUUUUUUUUCCCCGUUUUUUUUUUUCUCUUAAGUCUGAACAUGUUCUGUAUUUUCCGUGUUUGAACUCAGCUGCCACAUCUCUCCUUCCACUUUGUUCACCAACAUGCUGCAGGACUGCUCACAUUGUUGGCCAGACUGAUUGGGGUUUCAGCACAAUCUCCCGUGACCAAUGAGCGGGGUGCUGUCAGGGGUAACCACAUCUGUCAGGCGUUCUCGGCCAAUAAAGAGCGGAGCGAGGCGGACCACAGGUGCGCGCCUCUGCGUCCCCUUGGCACAGCGCCCGGGAGAUGCUGGAGAGAGACGCCUAUAGCUGCCCCGUGGCGCAAAGAGAGUUCCUGUCAGAGGCAGCCUCCCUCUUUAACUCCGGCUAUCACUCUGGCUCCGAGAGAGUUUAUGGCGACCGCAGCGUCCAACCACUACAGCGUCCUCAGCACCCCCAGCAGCGCGCCGCCGCCGCCGCCGCCGCACUCGGAGUCCGGGAGCAUGCAGCAGGCGGCAGCGUACAGGGACGCGCACACCCUGCUCCAGAACGACUACGGCACGCUACCGGGCGGUGGGCAUCCGCUCAGCCACGCGCACCAGUGGAUAACGGCGCUCUCUCACGGUGACAGCGGGGCGCCGUGGCCGUCCAGUCCCCUCCGAGAGCAGGACGUGAAGCCCAUACUGCAUGACAGUGACCGAGAGGAGCUGCAGAACUCCAGCAGCCUGCAGCAGCAGCAGCAGCAGCAGCAGCAACAGCGACACCCUCACCUAGCGCACCAGCAGGCGCAUCACGACGCCAGAGCAUGGCGAACCAGCACGGCCACGACGCACAUCACCGGCAUGGCGACAUCUGAGGGACAGAGCCUGGUGUACUCCCAGUCCGGCUUCGCUCUGAUGCCAGGGGGUGAGCAGGGGGGGAUGCACCACCACCCUCUGCGGGACGAGGACCACCACAGCCACAGCCCGCACCUCAGUGAGCACGGGGGCGGCCCCGGGGCCCACCACCACCAGCACCAGCAGCACGGGGGCCACCAGGACCAGUCGGACGAGGACACGCCGACCUCGGAUGAGCUGGAGCAGUUCGCUAAGCAGUUCAAGCAGCGGCGGAUCAAGCUGGGCUUCACGCAGGCGGACGUGGGGCUGGCCCUGGGGACGCUCUACGGGAACGUGUUCUCUCAGACCACCAUCUGCAGGUUCGAGGCGCUGCAGCUCAGCUUCAAGAACAUGUGCAAACUCAAGCCGCUGCUGAACAAGUGGCUGGAGGAGGCGGACUCCACGUCGGGGAGUCCCACCAGCCUAGAUAAGAUCGCGGCGCAGGGGAGGAAAAGGAAAAAGCGGACCUCCAUCGAGGUGGGCGUCAAGGGCGCUCUGGAAAGCCAUUUUCUGAAAUGCCCCAAGCCGGGAGCGGCGGAGAUCAACUCCCUGGCGGACAGCCUGCAGCUGGAGAAGGAGGUGGUGAGGGUCUGGUUCUGUAACCGGCGGCAGAAGGAGAAGAGGAUGACCCCCGCUGGGGGACAGAUAUCAGGAGGGGAGGACAUGUACGGGGACACCCCUCCUCACCACGGAGGACAGACUCCUGUGCAGUGCCCCCGUCCCAGUUUUUUUUUUUCCCCCCCCCCCCCCUCUUACUAUUAUUAUUUUUGGGGAGAAAACACGAACCUCUGCAGGAGGAAGCUUCUUAUUUGUUAAAUUUCUCAAUGCUGGAACUGGACCUCAGCCAGUUUUAAGUGUUGGACGGACGCAGGGAUGCAGAGUGGCACCCCGGUGCUAAAAACACUCAGAGCAGAGAUGUGUAGAAUGGCUUCAUGCCAGGCACAUUGAGCUGGUGUGUGCUAACCAAAAUAGGGAAGAAGAGAGGAAGACAAAAAAAAAAAA